CUAUUAAAGAAGACUAAUUUGUUUAAGUUGUCAAUCACCAUUUAUUGUCAUACAUAUUAAUGUUAUUCAACUUCUGUCUUAUUGAUGUACCAUAAGCCAAUUCGGCUUAUGGUACCAAGAAACCAUAAACUUUUCUGAAGUUAUUCAUUCAUUCAACAAGAACCACAGUAUGGUGGUAAUGAAAAAGAAAGAGUUUUUAAUUAAGAUUAAGACAAUAGCAUUUAUUUGGUGAAAGUUCAAAGAUCAUGUUACGAAGGCAGUUUUCCAAGCACUUUAAAGUGUAUUCAGUUUUCUGGCAUUUAUGAUCUCAACAGCAUUGUGGUGUCUGAAGUGUAAUUUUUAAAAAAUCGAUUAUUGAAAAAAAUCCAGCAACGAGUUGCUUAACUUUCUCAGAACAUUUAGUGGUGCUGUCUGUUAUCAUAUUUCAUUUUUAAAAUUUUUAUAUUUUUAACUAUUAUAAAAUAGCAAAAAGUUUCAUUUUGAGGGUAGGGAUGGGUUUUAUAAAAAAAACUGUAAAUACUAAUAACAAGUAAAAUUGUUGAUAAGUCUGACCCUACUAGAGAUACACAUGACCCUCAUUAGCUCCUCACCUCCUUAACCUUUAACCACAAACAUCCAUACAUACAGAAAAAAACCCCUGAAUUUAUUUUGCAUUUCUCAAUGUUUCAAGGUGUCCUGAGUCAAAAGGUGCAAAAAUCUUGGGGUGGUCAUUUUUGACCAAUCACUAUACUUUUCCUGUGUUAAAUGUUGUAAGGGAUGUUACAACGAGCGGGCCCACCAACAGCGAGAGGGAAGAAACAUCUGGCAACACCGAGUUGAACGAGGCUUCGCGCGCUUAGAUCAUUGACGGUUGACGAUUAACUGUGUAACCAGCCGUACGAAUAAUAAAGUGUUUCAUCCGUAUUCUCAUCCGUAGUCUCAUCCCUUUGGGUUAUUGCGCAUAGACACGACAUAAAUGGUGCCGUGACCAGGAUUUGGCCAGAACCGACGUCAUCAGGUAUGCAAUUCCCUUGUUACUACCGUUAUCCGAUCCGUUGUCGUCCCGCUCAUUGUUACGGGCUUUCGCCGCCAUAUUGCCCGUCUUCUCCGUCGUUCGCAGAACUGAUUUCGUUACCCCACCGUCACCGUCGAUCGAAACAUGACCGAGACAUUUCCGAACGGAACAAAUCCAAAUUCCACCAAGGAAUUGAGUAAGCUCCGACACCGCCGUAAUACCAUAAGAACGUCCGUGACGAAGACGAUUGGCAAGAUCAACGCCAUUUCGGACUCGACGCCGUCCGAUGAAAUCGAACUGUCCCGUGACAUGUUGAACGAUUGGCUUAGGGAGUUAAAGAUAUUAGAUGAAGCUAUUCAUGAUAAACUCGAGGACACGGAAUACGAAACCGACGCCGCUGCCUGUGAAGAGAGAGAAGAAUCUACCCGACUUGCCGUGAUUCGAGCCCAACGAGUUCUCGACCGUAGGAACGCCGCAUCCGACCUCACCCCGGCAAGCCCCAUCAGUCCCGACUCUCCGUCCUUUAUUGGUCAACCACAGGCACCCACUCGCACCAGAUUGCCCGCCUUGGUCCUUGAAUCGUUUGAAGGAGAAAUAGCUAAAUGGCAACACUUCUGGGAACAGUUCACAGCGGCCAUUGAUGAGGACCCAAAUAUACCGGACAUUGAAAAGCAUGUCUUCCUUCGGGGAUAUCUUCGCGGUGAGGCUAAGCGCCUAGUAGAUGGCAUCGCCAUAACCGCAGGGACAUACGCGGAGACCAAGGCUCGACUACUGAAGAAAUACGGAGAUAAGAACCGUAUAAUUCAGGCCCACAUCGACUACCUACACGGUCUACAACCUUUAAUCCAUCCGACCGCCGCCAAAUUGAACGACCUCUUCGUGGAGUGCAACAAUAGAGUGCACGCCCUGAAAGCCCUGGGAGAGCCCAUUAGCCACUAUGGACGCAUCCUAACGCCGAAAAUCCUUCGUGCAUUCCCAGAUUCUUUGUGUGAACGAUAGCUCAUUCAUGCCCGUCAUAAGGGUAUCAGUGAAUCCGAUCUGGAACUAUUGCUGAAAUUUGUGGGAGACGAAAUAGACGGUAUCACCACUGCUGCUACUAUCCAUGGAACACAGGACCAAUUUCUGACAAGAAAAGAACCCCGAGUUACAGCAGCCGCUCUAGCAGUCCGGACGAGGAAUAAGUCCUCGGGAAGAAACACUAAAGGGAGAGAAUCAUCCCAUCCCCCGUGUGCCUUCUGCAACAGCUUCCUCCACUUCAGUUCUGAUUGCGCACUCAUAACAAAUCCGAGAAAACGUG